AGUUUGUCACAUAUAGCUGAACACAACUAAACAUGUCGGCCAGAAAUCCUGGAGUGGAGUACGAUUCAAGCUGGUUUGAUAAUAUCCACGUCAAUUUACCUGCUGUCAAGCGCAGGGCAGAAACUCUAGGGACCCGAAGAACAGUAAAGAAGCAAUGGCAAGCUGCAUGGUUGCUGCGGGCUGUCACAUGCAUUGAUCUUACAACUUUGGCAGGGGACGAUACUCCAUCAAAUGUGUCCAGGUUGUGUUUUAAGGCAGCACAUCCUGUCGGUAAGGAUAUCCUUAAAGCCAUGGAGAUGGAUAAUGAGGGUAUUACAGUUGGUGCAGUUUGUGUGUAUCCCAACCGAGUAGCUGAUUGUGUAAAAUACCUUAAAGCUGCAAAUCGCCCUGACAUCCCGGUGGCCUCAGUAGCCACAGGAUUUCCUACUGGACAGGUGCCCCUCAAAACACGUCUAGAGGAAAUAAAAAUGGCAGUAGCAGAUGGGGCCAAAGAGAUUGACAUUGUCAUCAAUCGCCAGUUUGCCUUGGAGGGUAACUGGAGGGGUGUGUAUGAUGAAGUCCGCAUGAUGAGGGAGGCUUGUGGAGAGGCUCACAUGAAGACCAUAUUGGCCACCGGUGAAUUAGGCUCCAUGGUCAAUAUCUACAAAGCAAGCAUGGCUUGUAUGAUGGCAGGAGCAGAUUUCAUCAAAACAUCUACAGGAAAAGAGGGAGUGAAUGCUAUUUUGCCAGUGGCCCUUGUAAUGGUUCGAGCCAUACGAGAGUUUUACCAAGUGACUGGAUACAAAGUUGGCUUUAAACCUGCAGGGGGAAUAAGGAGUGCUAAAGAUGCUUGCACUUGGCUGUCCUUAAUGAAAGAAGAGCUGGGUGAUGAAUGGUUGUCCCCUCAUUUGUUUCGCAUUGGAGCCAGUGCUCUUCUGAUCGAUAUCGAAAGACAGCUGUUCCAUUUCGUAUAUGGUAGAUACGCAGCUGCCCAUGAAAUCCCUAUGUCAUAACAGAUAUGAGUGCAUAUGAAGGGGAAAAGUUACCAAGGAUCUGUUUCUUGAAGACACUGCUAGACUUUACAAGAUAGUUUGUUAAAAGUGCUAGAUAAUCAGUAGUACUCUCAUUAAGGAAACGUCAGGAAUGAUUUUGUUAUGAUUGUUAUUAACCAUACUGGUAGUUAAAAUUCCUUGAUACCAAUUAAGAUGAAUUUGAUUCAGAAAUGAAUGAACCAGUAGUUCUUAGUCUCUCCUUUUUUCCCAGUAACUAGAGAAUAAUGCCAUAUUCAAUUUGUUUUUAUUUUUAAAAUAUUUUACAAAGGACACUAUUUGUUUUCCCAUAAA